AUAAAAUUAAAAAAAAAAAAAAAUGGUUUCUCUUUGGUUCAAAUUAUAUUUUUUAAUAUUGUUUUUGUUUGGGUCAAAUAAUGGUUUUACGCUGUCAAGUAUAUUAUGGGAUCCAAGUAAUCCAAUCUUUAAUGCAGCAAAAUGCAGUAAAGACUCAACUAAGUUUUGUGCAAUAAUGUAUGAUGAAAUAAAUUUACUUUGUGGUAAUCAAUACCUUAAUACAUAUCCUAUUGCUUAUAUGUCAAAAAAUUUCUUCUACAAUGUUUACUCGACUACAAACAUCACAGAGUUUGAAAACCGAGAUGCUACUAAUUUAGAGCCACUUCAUAAAUGCCACCCAAAGUGGGAUGUUAAAGAAGAGAAGUUGUAUUUUGAUCAUUUUAAAUAUAUUUUCAAACAGAAUGUUGGACAAACUGUUUAUUUUUUUACAACUUCUGAUGGUACAAAGAAAAGUUUGGAUUACACAGUUGGCUUGACUGAAACAAAACAUAUGCAGUUUUCUGUGAGUUUGCGUUCUGAGGAAAAUCUUGAGUGUAGACACAGAGUUAAUUUAUGUCUGCAAGAUAAUUCUGGUAAUCCUACAGCUAUUCCACUUAGGAGCGAGCAAGAAAAUACAUUUGCACAUAGUGUCAAACAUCCAAUGGUUUUAUUAUUGUUGUUUGGAUUGUUAGUCUUUGGCGUUGUGAUUGGCAUGGUUGCGUCAAUAUAUUUCACACAAUUUUUCAGAAAAAAAAAAGGAUCGGUUUCAACAUCAUCAUUUGGUGAUGAUUACUGUGCAAAUACUUCGAAUCUUCUUUCAAAACCAGCAGGUCAAAAGUGUUAAUCUUAUAUGUGAAUCUAUCCUUAAAGAUCUAUGGUCAAUAUGAAAGGCGAGAUUUAUUAAAGAUUAUAAAAUUAAAUCAGAACUUCUAAAAGAUAUUCUAAAAAAUAUUCAAGAUCUUAAACUUUUUUUUUUCUUAAAAAAAGACAAUUUUCUUAGUUUAGUGUAGUUUGAGUGUAUUAUAGUGUGUAAAUAUAUUUUACAUAUUUAUAAUAUAGUUUUAAAUACGUAUUAUAUAUACAUGUAUUAAAUAUGUAUUAUAUUUCAUAACAUUUUAAACAGAAUAAAUUUAUUCAGAAAAUAUAAUUGAAUUGGUGAAAAGAAGAACAGUGGUAGUCCAUUUUUUGUUAUUUGCACGUUUUUUUCAUAAUUUCAUUUAACUUUUUUCAAUUUCUCUAUGUAAUACAAAAAUAAUAUUAGUCCAUUUUUCUUUCAUUAUUUUUUGCCAUAUUUAAACUAGUCGAAGAACAAUACUUAAACAUUUCGAAAUGAAAAUAUUGAACUAGUAAUGUUCUUCUUUUCACCGAUUCAAUUUGCAUGUAUGUUUUGGUUGCCAUUUAAAAGAAAUGAUUAGUCGUGAAUAUUGUAUAAUAUAUACUGUAAUAUAAUUAUUCGAUUAUAUAUAAUAUAGUUCAUUAUGCAUAACAAUUUCGUAGGAAGACAAUACAAGUCUAACUAGAUUAUUAAAAAAAAACUCGCAUUAAACCAUUUUUAUUUUUUAAUUGAAGAAUUUUUGUCAUAAGUUUAAAAUUUUAAUUUUUGUUUAUAAAUUCUCGAUAAAUUCAUAACUCAUCGUUAAAAAAUAAAAAUAAUAAAUGCAUCAUGUAAACCUUUCUAUUUCGAUUUCUUUUCUUCCUGUAUUUAUAUAGUUAUAGAAGAGUUAUAAGUAUUGCUUAUAGAAUUUAUUAUAUUUGUAAGAAUUCAAUUUACUUGAGUACCAUAAUUUACGAAAAUUCACCACUAAUAGCAUCAAUUCACCAUUAAUAGCAUUAAUUCAGCAAAUUAGUAUUAUAAUGAUUAUAGAACAGAAAUAUAAUUAUAAUAAUUAUAGAACGGAAAUAAACUAAUUUAUCUUACAAAUAGAAAAAAUUGUAAAUAAAAUAAAUAUAAAUGUUUACACUUUUUUAUAAAACAGCAUUUGCUUUUUAAUAUACAACGAUUUUUAUAAGCUUGUUAGUUUGCCUAGAUUUAAAAGAACUUGAAGUAUGAGUAA